UGUCCCGGUGGUGGUGGUCACUACUAGUAGAAGAAGUAGGCAAGGUCGUGUGAUGCUUUGGGAGUAGUCGACCGCGCUCAUUGGCCGGCGCCGGCGACCACCGGUUCUUGGCCCCGUUUCAUCCGGCGUUUCAGGCGGCCGCGAUCCGGUGGUGUACCACCGUGCGGGUGCGCUCCUUCUUGUUUUGUGUCGGUUGAGGGGAGGGAAGGUGCUGGCGGCGGCGGCGCCAUGGGCAUCUCGGCGAGGUGGCUCAAGUCGUUAGUUGGACUGAGGAAGGUGGAGAAGCAGCAGCAGCAGCAUCACAAGGAGGAUGGAGAUGCUGGGGCAGUGAUACAGAAAAGGGUCACUGCGAACCAUUUUCACUGCCAAAAUCAGCACUGUCAAGAUCAUGAUAAACUUGGAGCACCUGAAGAGUUUCCUGAUGAUAAUGGGCCAUCAGAAGGUGAUGGUAAUGUGCUUUCGUGCUCAGAACCCGCUUUCAGUUCAUCUAAAGUGCCAGUGCCUCUGACCGAACAAGAACUCAAAGAGAUCUGGGCUGCUACAAUUAUUCAGACUGUGUUUAGAGCCUUCCUGGCUAGGAGAGCGCGUCGGGCUUUAAGAGGACUAGUUAGGCUUCAAGCCCUUGUAAGGGGCCAUAUUGUGAGAAAGCAAGCUGCUAUAACACUCAGGUGUAUGCAAGCUUUGGUGAGAGUUCAAGCCCGUGUUAGAGCAAGGCGAGUUCGCAUUGCUUUGGAAAGCCAGACGGAUCAGCAUGUUGCUCUACAAGAGAAAAUAAACGAGACAAAUGUCCGGGAAAUUGAGGAUGGUUGGUGUGAUAUCAUAGGGUCCGUGGAAGAUAUCCAAGCAAAACUACUAAAGAGGCAGGAGGCAGCAGCCAAGCGUGAGCGAGCCAUGGCCUAUGCUCUUACUCACCAGUGGCAAGCAAGGCAACAUGCAGCCAUUACAACAUUUCAACCUGACAAGAACAGCUGGGGCUGGAACUGGCUAGAGAGAUGGAUGGCUGUUCGUCCAUGGGAGAGCCGGUUCCUGGGCACUUAUGCAGCAGAUGGAAUCACUCUUGGUAAUGAAGCGAUGCAAGACGAGGAAAAUGCUGUCUAUACUCCAUAUAAGAAACAUGUUAAAAGGCAUACUCCAACUCUUCAUUCGAACAUAUUGAACCAGAAGACUUCCCUACCAAACUCAGAGGGUGGUGGCUCCUCAUCGAACCGGUCUGGUGGUUCAGCAUCAGCUAAGUCAAAGCUGAAAUUGUCAUCCAGAGAAGGCUCUGAUGAAAUUUCGUCUGGUCCUUCGGGACUUGGAACUCGGUCAAGUAGUAAUCCUAAGGAGAGGACUGGGCAUUCGGAUCCUCAGGGCAAUAAGAGAUUCUCCUUACCUGCCAGUGGUGCAGAAGCUGGCAGACGCCUGACGAAUAAGUCCGCGGCAACUUCUGAUGGAUACAUGGUAGCUUUUGCUGGGAGGAAAUAUGCAGCAAGGUCAUCUCCAGUUUUCGUCAGUAACAUCUCAUACACUGUGACCAGCUAUACCCUGGUCUUCGAGUUCAAGAAAGGCACCCUCCAGAACCUCUACUGGAAAGCCAAUGGCUGUUCUGCUUGCUCAGGGCAACCUUCCUUCGCCUGCGUCGACCAGAACUGCGCGAUCAGCACGGCGAACUGCACAGGCAAGGGUGGCAGCGUGGACUGCAGCCCGGGGAUUCAGCUCGCCUUCUCCGGCACCGACAAGCACGAAGCCGUCCUCAACUCAUGGUAUGAAGUUUCCAAGCUCCGGCAGUACUCCCUGGUUGGGCUCUUCUCCAACCUCAAGGACUCACUGACCAGCCAGUUCAGCAUCUUCUUCUAGCUUCUCAAGGUUGGAUUUUGUUUCAGCUAUCUUCGUGUAUAUGCCACUUCGUCUUGACGUAAUAACGUUAUCUUUAUAUAGUUUUAUAAUUAUAUAUUGUCCAGUGCUUGCCGUUUGUAAAAGAAAGACCUUUUUUUUGUAUAUCAGCUCCUCUUUGUAUGUGCCUGGUUAUAUAUGAGAAUGCAGUUAAAUUUUUCGUCUACGUUUAUGCUCGAACAA